AUGGCAGACACAAUUGACAAAGGAAAGAAACGCAAGAGGCGCACUGAUGGGUCCUCGAAGCCCAGCAAAAAGGUUGCAAUUGAAGAAGAUAGAAAGAUCAAAGUUUCUCUCCAAGAUGGCGAUAAAUGGGCUCCCGUCAUAGUUGCGCCAGGCACUUUCUCACUUCCAACCUCCAUUCCCUUCCAGCCGUACACGAAGCCGCGCGAGGAUGCGCCUCAACGACCUGGGAAAAGCGGAAGUAUCGCAACAGAAGAACUCCUGCUUUAUUCCUCCGCACACCCUAAACUUAAUUACACCGCACGGGAAGAGGAUUCCUUACAGAAGCAUUAUGUGGGCGUCUACGACCCGGCAACCGGGAAGCUGGAGAUCAUCGAGGCGCGUAGGAUGGAGGUACGGGGGACUGUGAGGCAAUUUCAGGUUCCAGAGAAAGGAGCCCAGCCUACUACCGCGGGCGACCCUCGAAGUGGCGUCGGAUUGGCAUUCGGUACGAAGAAGUCACAGAAAGCUCUUGCUUCAACCACAGAGAAUGCAAUUGGUCCCAGCAAGUCUGAAAGAUUGCGCGCCGAUGGCAAGUCCCAGAAAUUUGAUGCAACGACCGCUGCUGUCAUGGCUUCCAUGGCCGAUACUACGGCAGACAUGGCAACAAAAGACGAGUUACAGGAGCAAGCAGACUCAUCGAAACCACGACCAACCGCCAACCUGGAGGCAACAGAGGUCAGGGACGUUUACACAAUCGAUAGUCUCAUUGGCGUGGAGAUGAUGAAACACAUUCCGGUCAUGGACUGGGAACAGUCUAUCAAGGCGAAGAAGGAAAUCAUAGUCAACUCGAGAUACGUAGCCCACCGAAUACAGAGUGCGGGGUCAAAUAUCGAGAAGCUCAAGAUUCUUCGAUAUAUGCUACUUCUGAUCGACUUCUUAAACAUCGCCAAACCGGCUCGUGGUGGUGCGAGAGCUCUUCCAAAGAGAGACAGCAUGAAGACAGCUAUGGGCGGAAUUCCCGAAGUGCUUGUUGAGGGCGUGAAGCGGAAGUUCGCAGAUGGCGGGUUUAUACCUAAGUUCAAGAGCGAUCUGCUCAUUACUCAUCUCUGCGCGAUGGCUUGUUUGGUGGACAAUUAUGAGGUGGACAUGUUUGAUUUGCAGGAGGAUCUAAGGCUAGAGACCAAGGACAUGGCGCAGUACUUUAGAGAAAUUGGGGCAAAGGUUGGAGCUCUCUCUGAAGCCCAGAGGAAGGUCUUGAAGCUGGAGAAGGCGGCGGCGGCGCAACGCAGGGUUGCGAAGUUGAAGUUGCCUCUUGACUUCCCGAAAGUGGCAUUUGGGAGAAGGGCUAGGUAG